AUGUAUCAGACAGUAAUACUGGCGCUCGCCUCACUCUUUACGGCGGCCCGAACCACACUCGCUCAACAGACGUCAUUGCAGUGCCAUGAUCCAGUAAUGACGAGAUGGAUGCUCAACUCGGCUGGAGAGACUCCGUGUCAGGUAUUGCAGGAUGUAAUGCAGAUAUGCAACCCUUCGUAUGCUGUCGACUGGCUCACACCUUCCUAUUCGUGCGACAAUUCGCCCACUGCAAUGACCGCUGCAUGUUGUUGCGGAAGCCCUACGUUUGCGCUGUUUAGUGCGUGCUGGUCAUGCCAGUAUAACUAUACAAUGGAUGUUGUAUCUACAACCUUUACCUCAUUUGAGAAAGACUGUUCAUCCCUACCGACACCCUUGACUGACUACGACCCAAUCAUUCGAUCCCGCACCGACCAAGUAAACAUCCCACUGUGGGCUCAUAUGGUCCCAUCUGCCGGAAGGUGGGAUCUCACGGCUGCCUUCAGGAAUGCAACGCCUGAUAUCCCCACAGCUGCUCCCCCGGUUCCGACAAACUAUCCAAUACCAAAUGCCAACACCUUAUCCUCUGCAGCCAUCAUCGGCAUUAUUGUUGGUUCGGUCUUCGGAACUUCCCUUAUGUUUAUCCUCGCAGCGCUAGUUUUAUGGGGAACAAUUGGGCCAGGUUGUCGCCGGAACCGUAGACAGAACGAUGAUAUUCGCGUUGGAGAGCAAAUGGGUUACCUUGACGGAGAGUACAUCUAUGUUCGGCCGGAAGCCCUUCAGGACAGUGUUGGACCCAUGGCGGCCGUCGGUACACGUUACGACGAGCCCGAACUCGGCGGUGUAUCUGAUUAUUCCGGUCGCGGUCAAUCCGAAUACGAGGACGAUACGUUUGGCGCUCUGCGUCCUUUGCGCUCCCAGUCCCGCACCGACUCACGGACCUUGUCUUAUAGUGCACCUCGGACUCCGUCGUACAUCGAAUCACCCGACAUAUACUCCCCCGGUCGCCAUGCAAGCCAAGACGGUCGGUACACCGGGUUCCACCCUGGUGAAAGCCCCUUGGUCCGCGAUGACCCGAGGUAUAGAUCCAGUCGAGAUGGAUACGGAUUCGAGGAACGAUCACGACGGCCAGUUUCAGGAAACUAUAGCCAGCAUAGACCAAGUGUGGACCGUCGACAGAGUAGGGAACGACCUCAGAGCGGACACUUUGUUUCACGGCCCUUAUCCGGUCAAUUCAACGCCCGUCCUCGAUCCGGCCAGUUUGGCUCUCGUCCUGCGUCUGGUCAGUUCGACUUUUACCAGGUGCCCGUAGAUUUCGACACCCCACCUCGCCCCCGUCCUGGCUCUCGUCCCGGUUCUCGCCCUGCAUCUGGACAGUUUGCAGCCCGCCCUCGUUCUGGCCAGUUCGACUUUUACCAGGUACCUGUUGACUUUGAUGCGCCUCCCGUUCAGUCUGGCUCUCGUCCUGUAUCUGGUCAAUUCUCAAUACGUCCUCGCCCCUCUACUGAGCGCAAGCGGAUGAGCGUUCGUUCCGGACCUCGCCAUGCUUCGAUGGAUUCAACAAGAAGGAGUGGAGAUGGACGGAGGUUUGUAAAAAUUGCAGAGGGUGGAAGGGGUAGUAUGGACGGUGGCCGGUUUAGCUUGGAUAGGGGGGAGGGAGAUAGGCGUAGUCGAGAGGAGCCGAGAUUCAGCAAGGCCGAUGGAUGGGGUCGUCGUAGUGGUGAUCCAGGUCAUCGUAGCCGGGACUUGUACCGAAAAGCGAGCCUCAGUGAAGGUGACGAGGACCGGGAGCAGCAGCAGGGGAACGAAGGGGACGAAGAAGAAAGUGUCGAUGUGCCUCCUCGACCUUCAGGGGUUACCACCUCGAGUGCUGGAGAACCCCCACAUCAUUCUGAGGCCACUGCCUCUGGCGUCAGUCGAGGCCCUCACCAACAGCAUCUCCGACAGCGAUCUCAGUCGGCUCGCCUGUCUUGCGAUAUUGAUAUGGUUAUCCAGGACUAUGAUGAUGCCGACUCGUCUCCCAUGCCUCUGACGACGACAACCAGCUCGGGGCCACCCACAUCUGUCCCGAGCGGCAUGCCAAGCAAGCCUCCUCGUUCUCCACUUCGAGUAGCGAAUCCAGCGCAAUCGGAUUCGGACAGGGAUAACCGUCCCAAUUCUACACUCCGCCCCCAGACGAGUUUGCUCGCUCGUGCACGCGGUCUACUUAGCGCUCGCUCGAGUCGAUCUAACAUAUCGGGGAAUCGCUCCAGUGCUCGAUCUAGUAGCGUCGAUGUUGCACCCGUCCCACCUUCUGCAUGGCAACAACGUCUCCCCAAUCUGCUUUCGCGCAACCGGUCGGGGUCCACAGUCAUGACGCGAGGAAGGUCAGAGGAUUCAGCUCAAGGAUCGGACGUCACUUCUGUUUAUUUCUCUGCGCAUGGACAUUCAGCUCCUACGCCUGUUCAGACACCCGGGGCCAACGAUGCAGGAGCCAGCGGGGAAAGGCGUGAACCUCGGACAGAUUCAGGGAGCUAUCAGCAAGAAGUAGACGCGGGCGUUCAGCUCAUAGUCGAGACUUCGCCCACCCCCACUUCAUCCGAAGAGGAUGGACCCAGUCCUCCUGCGUAUCCUGCGAACGCACCAGAAGUGUACACUGGGUGCACCCUCUUCAUACUGAAGCUCACAUUUCCGAAACUCUCCCCCUUCCUCCUCCCGACACUCACCUACGUGUGGCGCCCAACCCAAACCGUCUCAGCACACUUACUCAAGAUACGUCCACUUCCGGGGAUGGGAUAG